AUGUUGCCCUCCUCUCUCCGCCUGUGCCUGCUGGCCGCAACCCUCUUCCUGGUCAACAUGACAACCGCCUUCCCCCUCCUCAGCCGUGAUAUCGAUUGGUCCUUCACGCUCUUCCCCACCUCCUCCUGCAACGCAACUGGCGAUCCGCACGCCGGCUCCGGCAGCACUGGCUGUCGCGCAGACCUCAACAGCGUCGCCUCGGCGUAUACCCUCAACUCCGUCACCGAGGGCUGUCGCAUCCAAUUCUUCGACAACACCAUGUGCGAUGAGACCGAACUCUCCGAUGUGGCGGGCCAGGUCACUUCCACCAACACCUGCCGCAUGGCCGGUCCCCGCCGCCGGUAUGGUUCUUAUCAGGUGACCUGCGAGUGA